CGGUUUUUUCAAACAACAAAAAAGAAUUUUGACAUUCCAAAAUACCUCUUAUAUCUUGUUUCAUCAAGAAAAGACUCUUCCUCCUUAAGCUGCUCUAAGGGUAGACCUCGUAUCACCACUAAUGGCGGUUUCAUCCGCUCUUUUGUCCACCUUGUCCACCGGAACCCGACCCACCAUCAACGACCCGGUUUCCCAUCACUCCAAUCCCACUUCAAUCAGCUACCUUUCCAGACCCAAUAAUCGCCGACGCCCAAUCGCCGCCGCCGCCGUUUCACACAAAUCCAACGGAGUUCCAAUAGACAAGAAGAGUCGUGAGCUGCUUGAACAGUACGGUUUUGAUCCAGACAAGAUUUUAUCUGAACCUUCACCUCAGCCAAAGAGGAGAAAAGAGUUGACGAAGAAGGGAAGGGGAAAGAAUGUUGUCCCCGAAGAAACCAAGCCCCCGAGAGAGACACAUAGGUUGCUUCAGGUCUUGGGAGGGAAGGUACGACGGAAGAAGUUGCUCUCUCCCAAGGGAAUGGAUGUGCGGCCUAUGAUGGAAGUUGUUAAAGGUGCAGCAUUUGAUAUUUUGCAGGUCGCAGGUGGUUGCCCUGCAUCUCUAAGGCCGGGCAGUUGGUUGGACUUGUAUAGUGGUACUGGUUCUGUUGGUAUUGAAGCAAUGAGCAGAGGCUGCUCGCAGGUGCAUUUUGUUGAGAUGGAUCCUUGGGUUGUCUCAGAUGUUCUGAGGCCAAACUUAGAAUCAACCGGUUUUCUUGAUGUCUCAACUAUACAUACUGUCCGUGUUGAGAGUUUUUUGGAGCAAGCGGUUCGUUUUGUUGACAACUGUGGAGCUUUCGAUUACAUCAGCGUCACGCCUCCAUAUAUGGAAGUAGAUUAUACCAUAUUGAUGAAUCAAGUUGCAGAUUCAUCACUAGUGGGAGAGGAUGCCUUCAUAGUAGUGGAGUACCCUUUGAGAACGGACAUGCCAGAUUCGUGUGGAGCCCUUCCGAAGAUAUCUGAUCGACGGUUUGGCCGGACACAUCUAGCAAUAUAUGGACCAAAGUGGGCACAGAAGAGAAAAGGAAAGUGAAAUCCAGGAAAGCUGAUGCCUAUUGCCAAAUGUAGAGAUGAUCCUGCAUUUUCAUUUCCAUUUCCAUCUUUCUUUGUCAGUUCCUUUGCACUAUGUUUGGUUCGCGGGAUUCAAAAGGAAAGCAAGAGAAAGAGGUUUUCCUCUUCUUCCUCACUAAAACGUUAAGGUGGGAGAUCGAGGUGUUGAUCUCGACUACUUUGCAGACCUUAAUUACCAGACAGAAUUACCUCAAGCGAGUUUUGAGAUUUCGUGAAAAAAGAGCUAGGAAGCUAAAUCUGUCUUUGAUGGUAUAUGUGAAAACAACUCUGUGCAUGGACGCUUGUUGUCUUGCUCGGUUGAAAGAUCGUGUGUGUAUGAUGUUGAGGAUUUGCUUGAUGAAAUCAACACCGAGUCGUCUCUAAGAUCCAAGGUU